AUGGCUCCCUUUAAACUGACCGGUUUUCUCUCCAGUGAUUCUACCAGACCCCAAAAGACAUCUCAAGGCGCCCCGCCACCUGCUAAUCAGCCUAUACAAGUCUUGCAUGACGAUGAAAAUGCGGUUAUUGACAUCGUCGCCGUACACGGCCUUGGGGCGAACCCAGAUUAUGCCUGGAUCUGGCAACCAAAAAAUAACCCCCCGGGGGGCUCUGGGUAUCCGAAGAAGCAUUUCAACUGGCUGAAGGAAUUGCUGCCGAUGAAGCUGGCUCAAGCUGAAAUCCCUUGUCGGGUUAUGACUUACAAUUAUGGCUCAGACUGGUUCAUGACCAACCGGUGCACGAGACUCACCAAUAUGUCAAACAAUCUACUAUACCUUCUGAGUGCCCACCGCAACAAGCAAGGCAGCAGUCGACCAUUAAUUUUCAUUGGUCACAGUCUCGGGGGAAUUGUUAUAGAGCAAGCUCUUGUCUCCGCCACCUUUCGAUGGUCACAGUUUACUGGUAUUCCCGAGUGGACGGUUGGUGUGGUAUUCCUUGGUACACCUUUCCGAGGCUGUGCUGCAGCAAGUUGGGGUGUUUUGGCCGCAUCGCUUACGCCAUCUUCAUCCGAGAAGAGAGUCUUGAAGGAGCUCGAAGAGUUUUCCUGGAUUUCACUGGAUCGUUUACAGCAAUUUAGUGCCUGGCUCUAUACUGUGAAAGUCCCUGCUGUAUGUUUCUUCGAGGAGCAUGUGACCGAUUAUUCGUCGAGGGUAGGACUUCCCUUAAGGACUUUGGUUGUACCAGAGGCCAGUGCUUGUAUCAAUGGUCAUUUCAGCAAAUCUCUUCCCGCAGACCAUUUCAAGAUCAACAAAUUCUAUGGACUGGAAGAUCCUUCGUUUCAGCGAGUGUAUCCUGAAAUUGUACGAAUAGCUCGCGACGCUGAGAAAAACCUCAAGCAUCGCCGGGCAAACAACCAUGAUUCCCUCAGCUACCUUAGAGAAAAGAUGGAGGUAAAGCAUCCCUUAAACAUCCUAGAUGAUAUCAAAAUGCAAAAAGGGGAACGAACGGAGCAUACUUGCCAUUGGAUCUUAAAGCGCGAAGAAUUAUCUGCCUGGAGAACCAACGAGAGUUCGCAACUUCUCUGCAUCGUCGGCCCCCCAUGUAGCGGGAAGACGAUGAUGUCCACCUUUCUGGUCGAGACUUUGAAUAAGGAGGCUGAGAAAUAUCCCAGAAAGGUGUUUAUUUACUUUCACUGCGAUAACAAACACCAAAGCCGAAGAAAACCUACUGCGAUUCUCCGAAGUCUUAUCUGGCAACUGCUUCUGCAAAGAAAAGAACUCUUUCGCUAUAUCAACGCGCAAUUAGCGAUCCAAAGGGAAGCCGACUUUUUUGACGCUCUGUUCAAGGAUCUAUCAACAAUCUGGUGCUUGCUUAUCGACAUGCUUCGAGACAAGGGAACUGGGGAAGUAAUGAUCCUCAUUGAUGCGUUGGAUGAGUGCGAAGCGCCUGCCCGCGAAACUCUACUUAUUUUACUACGCGAACUUAUCGAAAAGGAGCCAACGGUAAGCGCAAAGCUACUUGUCACAUAUAGGCCAGAGAUAAGGGACAUUGAAUUUGAACUAUAUGGUCUUGGAACUUGUUUGAAGAUGGGAGCCUCGAGUGAAGUCAAUCCCGAUAUUUCUACAUAUAUCAACGCAAGUGUUGAUGAACUGGCAUCGCGAAAGUUCUAUGGGGAGGACCUGAAAGACGAGGUCAGGAAAUCCUUAUCAGGUCGAGCUGGAGGUACCUUCCUUUGGGUAUCUUCCAUGCUCAGUGAGCUGCAAGACACGGAUAAAAGUCAAAUUUGGACAAAGCUUGGUGAGCUACCUAGCACUCUUGGUCAGAUAUACUCCAGGAUCUUGAACCGAAGUAUCAGCGUGGAGGAAAGGCAAGAUGCACAGUUUCUUUUGCUCAGUCUUCUCGCUGCCAAGCACCCCCUGAAGAAGAAGGAAAUAGCAGCUGCGUUUGCACUACACAGAAGUGGCUCUGUGUUGGACAGCAAGAGCAUUCAAGACUACUUGGACAUAUGCUCCUCAUGCAGUUCUAUCGUUGAUAUCGCCGGCGAAGAUGACGAAGCGACGGUCGACUUCUGCCAUCAAUCAGUCAAAGAUUUUCUGCUGCAAGGGUCAAGCGUUGAUUGGUUUCACACUUCCUUGGAGAACGCGAAUAUUCACAUGUUCGAAUUGUGCCAGCUUUAUAUGAACGGCAUAGGGUUGAUCGAAGGCGGUUUGAUCAAUGGUUUGCUCAGAAAACACGAUGCAAGACUGGAACACUACUAUCGGAAGUAUCCAUUUCUCGAAUAUGCAUCGAGCAUGUGCGAGUACCAUGCAGCGGCAAGUUCCACCUUGCAGAAGCAGAAGACUGAUUAUACCAGGCGAUCAAUGCAACUGGCUGGUAGGGAUAACUAUAAAGAUGUUAUUCGACAGCUGCUGGAUACGGAUCAGAUUGAUAUUAAGAUACAGACUAACGAUGGCUGGACACUACUACAUAAGGCUGCUGGAAGUGACCAAAAAGGAGUCGCUCAGCUUCUUUUAAAUGCAGACCAGAUUGAUGUCAGUUCAGGCGACAGAGGUCGUACGGGAUCAACUAAUGAAAAUGGCCAUGGGGUUGCUCAGCUGGUGAAUACUACACUCGGGGACCACGGAGGGCAUUCGGGACUUGUUAUGCGAUGA